AUGCCGCCAAAACUUCCACCGCCGGCGGCGAAAAAUGUCGCUACCCCAGGAGCUUCGGCCGGGGCAGCGGAGCUGCCGGCGCCGGUCUUGGCUAGGGCGGCGCCUGGUGCGAGGCCGCCCAGAGGUGCGGUUACGCCAGCCCCCAGGGGACCUGCGCCGCCUCCGAUACGGGCGCCGACCCAGACGGCGGCUGGGGGGGGGGGGGGAACCGCGCUUAUGCCUAGGGCGCCAGCUCCUCCGCGAGGACCGGUACCUCCGCCUACUGCCGGUCCGCGGCCACCACCGGUGCCGGUUCCCAGGGCCGAGGUGACAACAACGCAGAGACCAUGGCCGAGGCAAAUGGCGGCAGCUCCGGGCUCUGGUGCUCAAAACUCCACUCGCAACGGCUCGAGCGCGUCGGCGGGAGAUGAUCGAAACCCACCGCGCGGUCAGUGGGGCGACGACGGAUACGAUGCUUAUGGUGUUGGGUUGCACAGGGGCCCUUCCUCAACCGGUGGAGACCGAGGAUAUGCUCGGGUGGACAAGGGACAGAGUAACAAUGGUUUCCAAGGACCGACCGGGAACUUUGUCGAGGGAGCUCCCGGUCCCAACCAUGCUUUUCGCGGGCGCUUCCGUGGAGGUCGGGGCGGUAACCGCAGGUUUAAUCAGACUCGGUAUGCUAGGACGGCUACAGUGACGGAGGUUGCGGAGGGUGCAUCAGAGUUACCCCAGGUGGCAGUGGAGACGGUGCAGGCUUUGGCUUCAGUCUCGCUGCCUGAGCCUAUGCAGACUGAGGAUACUGUUUCCGAGCACGGUUCUGACAAGCUCGAGAGUGACAAAUUGUCUAAGUGGGCGGCUAAGAAGAAAAAGCUCACUUGUUUCCGGUGUGGGGAACCGGGGCACUUUUUGGUCCAGUGUACGGCGGAGCUUUGUGAUCUUUGCCGGAAGCCUAAUCACACAGCGGCUGACUGUCCUCUGAUGUUGGGGCCAAAACCAUCCGUCCAGAUAUACGGGGUGUGUUGCUCCGAGUUGAUGUUUUUUGAAUCUCCGUCUGCGGAACCUUCCGCGCCCAUAGUGGAAACCUCCUUCCCCGGUGUUGUGAAGGUGGUCCACGGGCCUUUGACCGAAGCACAGAUUAUUCAGCAGUUGAGAGAGCUAGCUCCGGGUAAUUUUCAGUGGUCAUUACUUAAGCUCUCUGAUAAUUCGUAUAAAGUGGACUUCCCUUCUAAGGAGGACCAGGUGAGGAUUCUCAAGUUUGGUAUGAGCAGGGUCACAGGCACUAGCUUUGUGCUGGCGUUCGAUGAGUGGAAAAAGAAAGAACCACAGGGCACACCUUUAACUCAGAUUUGGGUUCGUUUCUCUGGUGCCCUGUCUGAUCCUUUGGACAGCUUUUUGGUGACAUGGAGUCUGGGGUCGCUGAUAGGUAAGACCGAGCAGGUGGAUAUGCAGUUCACUCGGGCUCAUGGGGUCGCACGACUGCUAGUUAGUGUCGCCAAUAUUCAGUACUUGCCAGACGUGGUGCCUUGGACUUACGCAGGCGUUCUGUAUCAGUUGGACGUGCACUAUGAGGAUCCUGAUCUUUUCAAUGAGUUUGAGGAUGACAAUCCCAUGGACACUUCUGAGGGAGGUGGGGGUUCAGGUACCAGGGAUGACAAUGCUAAGAGUAAUGAGGAUAAGGCUUUGGGACCGUCGGGGCAGUCGGAGAAUGCCGACUCCACUCCUGUUGGGCCGUCCUCCACGGUACCAACUACCACGCUUCAGCUGGGUUCUCUUGGGGCCUUCUCGGCGCCGCCGAGAUUGUCGAGUGUUAGGGCUGGUCCUCCGAGUCCAAGACUUAGAUUAUGUGUGGGGAGGUCGGUCGACCACAUUGAUGAGGUGGGGCAGCAGGCCCCGUCGUCUGUCCCUCGCUCGCCUUCGGCCAUGGCGAUCGUGGCGGAGCCGGUCGCUGCGGGACGAGCGGACUUGCAGGAGGCUAGACCUUCUGGGUCCUUGAUGUGGCUGGAGACUGGGGGCGGCGCGGCCCCACUGGAGAGGUCCCCGGAUGGCAGGGAAACGGGUGCGCAGGAGGCCGCCCUUUCUCCUGCGGUGGCACUGGAAGGCAGCCUGGUGGGUGCGCUUCCUGCGGAACCGGCAGCGCCUUUUUCUUUGGGCACGAGCAUCGGCGAGGUGGAUACUUCGUCAUCUCGGGUGGCUGCUCCGGCGGCUCCGGUGAUGGUCUUAGCGGCUGGGGGACGGGCAGGAGGCUCUUCCCCUAGCGCUACUUCGCGCGAGGAGGUCCGCGAGUUGGAGGAUUCGGCAUCUCUGGUGGCUGCUCCGGUGGCCUCGGUGAUGGCCACUGCGGCUGUGGGACGGGCAGGAGGCUCUUCCCCUACCGCUACUUCGCGCGACGAGGUCAUCGCGUUCGGUGGGAUCCCGGACCCGGUCUCUGUAGGGAGACAGGUCAGCGGGAGACUACAGGAGCACUCCGAUGUUGAUGACAUGCAGCUGAGGUGCGCGUUGAGAGCGGCCAAGCUGCGGGACGUCGAGACUACAACUAGUUAUCUUCAGGGCCACAGCGUUGAUCCGUAUGUGGUCGCUACUCACUCCGAUGGAGGACAGGGGGCAUUUGGCUACUGCAUCUACCCGAUGGGAGAUGGUAGCUCGGGUUAUUUUCAACCGGUUUGGAUGGCGGUCAUGUAAUAGGAUAGGCAUGUAGUGCUCCUAUUUUUUGCCAGCCGGUUGUGGCUUUAUGUUUACGCUCGUCUGAGCGGCUUGUCGUCUUUUUUACUUUAAACC